UAAAGCUAGCUUUCGUUACAUUUUUCUUUCAGCUUGGCAACAGCUGAACGUAUCUCUUUGAUUAUUUCGGAAGUUUUCAUUCUACGACGCCGGGCUUUCGUAUUGCAUCAAAAUGAGGGCACGCGGUGGAAGAUCAUCCCGAGGUCGUUCUGGGCCAUACAAACCAAAAGUUUUUAUUCCAAGAGUUCCCUUUGAUAUCUAUGUGUGUGAAUCAUUCUUUCCCCGGGUAAAACUUGCUCCUGAUGAUACAACAUUGACCCAAGCUCUUCUGAAAAGGAACCAAGAUUUAGCUUCAACAGCUCAAGAACAAACUUCUAUUUUAAACCUGGUCACCAAAAUCCAAACAGUUUUGGACAAUAUUGCUUUAUCACCUGGAAAUUUUGAUGCCUGUCAAAUUGAGGAGGUGAGACAAGUUGGAUCUUUUAAGAAGGGAACGAUGAUGAUUGGCCAUCCUAUAGCUGAUAUAGUCACUAUAUUAAAAACUCUUCCAACAGUGGAAGCCGUUCAAGCCCUUGGCAAUAAAGUGAUUGAAGAGCUGAAGAAAAUUGAUCCAGCUGAAAUUUUGGCAUUAACAGUUAUUGAAGGAGGUUUUGAAGUAAGUUCUACUGAGGUUUUGGUGAAAUGUCUGAUUACUACUGUACCACAGAACUUGAGAAAACUUGAUCCAGAACUCCACUUGGAUCAAAAAAUCCUGCAACAUCAUUUAGCAGCUAUAAGACAUGCUCGAUGGUUUGAAGAAAAUGCUCAUCAUUCAAGCAUUAAAGUUCUUAUUCGUUUGUUUAAAGACCUGAGAAGUAGGUUUGAAGGAUUUCAGCCUUUGAAUCCGUGGAUCUUAGAUUUAUUGGCCCAUUAUGCAAUUAACCAUCAUCCAAGCCGCCAACCUUUAGGACUGAAUAUUGCUUAUAAGAGAUGCUUACAACUUCUUGCCGGUGGUUUAUUUUUACCGGGUUCUGCGGGUAUUCCUGAUCCAUGCGAAGGUGGUACCGUUCGAGUACAUACUUCUAUGUCUCUUGAGCAACAGGAUCUUGUUUGCCUCACUGCACAAACAUUGCUGAGAGUUAUGACUCAUGGUGGAUACAAGCAAGUGUUGGGUCUAGAAAUUCUACCUAAUCUUGCUACAGAAAUGAGUGUAUGGGAUGGUGUUGUAGUUUCCCCACUUAGCAAGGCUUAUGAAAAACCAGCUGAUAAAACAGAAGGUGAAACUUCUGAAGAUAUGGAACAAGAGCACGAAGAAAAUAUGGAAACUCAAGAGUCAUAAACAAUAUCAUAUUUUCAUGUUCUGCAUUUGCAUCAUCAUUUAUUCUAAAAUUGCUGUAAAUAUGUCUACUUUAGAUGUGUGUUUGACGUAUGACUCGAAAUAAAUCUUUUUAUGAAUUA